CGCACAGAAUCGCCUAUGAUACUCUUGGUUUUAAAAUCACCCAGAUUUAUACAUUUUACACUCCGGAUAAAAAUAAAAAAUAUACUCCAUAUUGAUGCCCUGGCACUCGGCUGAAUUGAUAGGACUCCAACGGAAGAAUUCCAGGUUGACCGCCAAGUGCAGAACCAGAAAAUAUAUUGGCCGGCAAAGAUGGAGCCGGAGGAAGUAGAGGUUGCGGAAGCAUAGCGCGGGGAACAGAGGGGGUCGGUGUCCACGUGAAUGGAUUCGGCGUGUUGAACAAAGUAAGGGACGAUUUCGGCGGACUGAAAGAAUUCACCAUUGAUGAUGAUGGCGGCAGAAAUGGAUUGACUAGAGCCUGCUAGAGGCGGGCGCCAUGUAUUAGACAAUCGGAGAAGAGAUAGCAGCAGUAGUGAUCAUGGUGGACUGCACGAUGGUCUGCGGCUGAGAGGCAGGCGACAUGGUUGCUGCAACAGAGGAAGUCGGGCGGAAGUCAUUUGGCAUAGAGGAGGCAAAGCAUCUGGUGAUUGAUCGUAGCAAUGUAAUGAGACUGCUCGUGAGUCGUGACCAGGUGUGGCCCGGGGCUUCUGAUGUCAAGUCAAGGGGCUGUCAGGCAGUCUAGGAAAGCCAAUGACACUUCAAGCAAGACUUAGGAUCCUGGCCAUUGAAAUGGGAGUCCAACAAGCCAAGGGGUUGUCCAGGCACAAGGUGUUCUCACUUGAUGACAAAUACUCAAAGACAAAAAGCCCUCCUAAAGUAUUGCUUUGGCGGUCAAAAUGAGGUUGGAGAGGUUGGGUUGCAGCCACAAGCCCUUCUAUAGACUAAUGGAUCGAUGCCGAUACUAAUUCUGCCAGGGACGAUCCAUCCUCUUCUUCUCUCCUCUUUCUUCCCCCUCCCCACCCCUCUCUCUUCUCGCUGCUUCCUCUCACACGAAGUCGGAAGCUCCGUUUUUUCUCCCCCAAAUCGCCAUCGGUGGACGGCGGACAACAAACUGCGUACAACGGACGAAGGUUGUCGCAGAUCUGAGAUAUGUGAUGCUAGAAGAUGGAGGUGUGGUGGUGAAAAGGGAAGCAAGACGUGGGAGCUAGAGGCUACGGAGGUGGUGGUGGCGGCAUUGAUGACCGACAGCAACGGCGGCAACACCAUGGAGCUACAAUUCCGGCGGAAGCGGCGGUAGUGAUAAGUGGCAGUGUCGGCUGAUGGCAGUGGCCAGCGGCCGGCGGUGGUGAUCGACGGCAGGGGCCGGAGGCGGCGGCCGGCGGCAGGUGACUGUUGACGACCGGCGGUAGUGAUUGGUGAAACAGCUUGUGGCUGGGUGAGCUUGAGAGAAAAAUACGCACAUUGUUGUAUAAUGUUCUGUUUUAUAUUUUUAAUAAAUUAAUUAAAGUAUUCAUUAAGAGUACUUUUGUCAACUCAUUCAUUUUUACUCCUAUAAAAGUAAACGGAUGAUUCAACUCCUAAUUUUGCACUUUUGUUAUGUUUCAC